GAGUUCUUAGCAGCUUGGCCGAUGUGCUGAUAAGAAGAAGGGAUCACUUUCAGUGCCUUACUUCUCCUUAAGCAGCCCUGCUCAGAAACUGGAUGAACCUCCGGGAUGCUGAGACGGGGAAGAUACUCUGGCAAGGCACCGAGGACCUGUCCGUCCCUGGAGUGGAGCACGAAGCCCGCGUUCCCAAGAAGAUCCUCAAGUGCAAGGCGGUCUCUCGAGAGCUGAACUUCUCUUCCACCGAGCAGAUGGAAAAGUUCCGCCUGGAACAGAAAGUGUACUUCAAAGGGCAAUGCCUAGAAGAAUGGUUCUUUGAGUUUGGCUUUGUGAUCCCUAACUCCACCAAUACCUGGCAGUCCUUGAUAGAAGCAGCACCUGAGUCCCAGAUGAUGCCCGCCAGUGUCUUAACUGGGAACGUUAUCAUAGAAACAAAGUUUUUUGAUGCCGAUCUUCUCGUGAGCACGUCCAGAGUGAGACUUUUCUACGUUUGAGAGAAGAAGGUGUGUGCAGUUCUAGAGUGGGGGUUGUUGGGGGAGGAGGAAACCAUUUACUUUUUUCCUCCAAUUUUGAUUUCUGACACUUCCACCCCUAAUUUUCUCUACGGCAAAAACCACCUGUGGCCACCAGGGGACCAGCUCUGUGUAGGAGCCAGACGGCCUUUUCCUCCCACUCAGCCGUCUUCCCCGACCCCACGAAACAGCCGAUCUCAGGCCAGGUCAGAGGGCUGGCUCAAGCCCUGCUUGGUGCAGACACCACUGGGGAGGGACAUGCACACCUCGAUGAGGGGGGUCCUGCACCUGCCUGACCUCCCCUUGGGCCCUGCCCACUUAGUCACACACCUCCCUUUGGCCUCUGGUUUUGGAAAAAAAAAAUCCCUCUUCCUGACCCAUGUUUAGCUGUUUCCCUACCAUUUCUAUUUCAUGCAUUCACUACAUUUAACUUGUAAAAUAGACUGUGUUAUUAUUAUUACACAAUGUAAUUAAAACACGAAUUAAAAUAUUCCUAGUCUUUA